GGAGUCCGCGCGCCGGAGGUCGGGGAUAAUCUUGGGCAUUUUGUACAUGGGACAAUAUUUUUCCGUCACCGUCAUAGUCGGCUAAGAAGAAGAAGAAGAAGAAGAAGCGCGGGAGUCGGUGAGCCUUCGUCGAUUACGUUCACGCAUUGUUUAUAUUAAAACGAUGUCCCAGGAAUUCUACAAAAAGUUGCUAUCAGCCUCCGCUGUAUAUAAGGAGGACGUCUUCAGUUUGGCAUAUCAGUUCGCAAUCGCCCAUCUACUUGGUCCAACCACGAGUCGAGCUACUCUCGUCGUGUUAAGAAUUCAUAAAACCAUUCGACUAAGAUUUGAAAAAUUUACCUCACCAUACGUGUAACGUAAAGUAGUAAAGCAAACAAAAAUGAUGGGCAAAUGUUCGAUGGUUAUUCUCACGAUGCUGAUCGCCGCUAGUCAUUCGGCGCCGAGAAGACAACGUAGAACGCCCGUCCCUUCGUGGCACAAACCCUGCGGGCAAAGUUUGGUGCAAGUAAUGAGAGUGAUUGAAAAUUUCGAGGAGGAAAUCAGGGAGGGAAUCGACAACAUUGCCCUUCAGCACCAAAUCACCCUCAACAAUUAUCUGUACAGUGAUUACGAUUUUUUGUACGAAAGAGCGAGACUGGGAGUCCAAAAGCAUCAGUACAUACCGAGUUGGGUACCCGGCAAAAAGGACGUCAACUCGGUUAAGAAGCUGAAAAAUUCGAGCAUCGAAACGAUCGCCAACCACCUGCCAAAGCUUCACACGGAUCUCCAGAAGUUCGCCGUUGCUUUUGAGGAGCUCGUCCAGGAUGAGAACGACGAGAAUAUUCACCGUACAUUAAAAUCAACUCAGUCCUACCUUCUGAUGACACUUUGCGAAGUUGAGAGCGUUUUGUCGACAUUUCCGCCCCUGAGAAUACCGCGCCGCAUAAACAGGAGCAUCAUGAGCCACGCGGAGAGGAAUCCCGUCGACGAUACACGACGGAUGGUUCGUGACUGGGGAGUCCUUUUGAAAUACAAGGACUAUUUACACGCCUGGAGACACGUAUUUGAUUACUAAGUUGAACUUAGCGAUCGAUAGCCGAUGCAGCUCUUCAACUGCUGGAGCGUGAAGGAUGGAAGAUUUUCGAAAGAGGAAUGUUUUUAGAAACAGGAAAACAAGAGGUGACGUAGAUGCAGUGGAUCUCCGAUGCGUCGAGUGGAGGCUAAGCCGCGAGUGCGUUUAUCCAGAAAAUAAUUAGUCGAGGUUCUCACCUGCACCAGAUUUCAUCAAAUACGGAAAUAUCCGAGGGAUGAACGGAUGAACAUGAGCUACCGUGAAUCUGAGGCCCGGUCAGUCGGGGAAAAAAUUUCAGAAUUGAGACGGAAAGUGUUUUGAAAAACAGAUGAUGAUGAUCCGACGGGGAAGAACCGAGGAUUAAAAAAAUACGAAUUAAAAUGACAAUGGUGAACCGGGAGUGAAGAACACUGGGCCAAGGUGGAAGCGAUUAUUCAAUUGAAAUGAAAAAUUUUGAGUGUAUCUGCUUGAAAAGACGCGCUUAACGCGAAGUACAUAUCAUAUGUGAUUAGAGUAAUGAGAAAAAUUAGGAUAACAUUCCAAAUUACUGUUCGACUAAUGGACUGGAGCUCGUGAACUUUGUUUGAAAAAAUUUUCGAUCAUUCAAGUAAUUCCAUUUAGCGACGGUAUCGGAUAGUGAUAGUGAUUAUUUAUUUAUUUAUUCACUUAUUUAUUUAUUUAUUCGAAUUAGCUGCGACGGAGGAGUGUUUUUUCAAGAUUUUUCUUGGAGAACUCUUUCGAUCGAUAAGAGGAAAACACUCUUUGUGCUAAAGUCAGCUCAAAAACCUCAUUAAUUAUUUAUCACGCAUAGGCCAUAAUUAUUUAUAAUAAACACGGCAGUAUUUUAUGUAAUUUACAACAAUCGCAAUACCUAUAUAUUAUUAUAUCCAGUGUGAAUAUUGGACAAACGAGUGAAUCUCUUUGCACGUAUGAUUGCGGAAUAGGUGAUAUUAAUUUAUGGUCGUUUUAACUUAUAUUUUCAUAAUAAAAGAUAAAAUAUUCACUAAACCUGACUUGUCUGCAAAAAAAAAUCAAUAAUUAAUCGAACACCCGAUAAUUCUGUCCACUUUCAACAGGUCACAUAAGCGCAGGAUUUUAAUGUACCAAUUGCUCAUACAACAGUUAUUCGACGCGUGUGCAAUGAACUUGACGAUAAACGGUAGAAAAAGUUGGAUCACUUUACAUAAUCAGGCGCAGGUAGAAGACUGAUUUCACUCUUACCUGAAG